GCCUCCCUGACGGCGGGGCCGGCGGGGACGGCGGGGACAGCCCCUCCGCCCUGCUGCCGGCCGAGGCGCUGGACCUGGACGGGGACGAGGACGACCUGGAGGUGUUCAGUAAGGAUGCUUCGCUGAUGGACAUGAAUUCCUUAAGCCCUUUGAUGCCAACAUCCCCUUUGUCCAUGAUCAACCAGGUCAAGUUUGAGGAUGAGCCAGAUCUGAAGGAUCUCUUCAUCACGGUCGAUGAACCCGAGAGCCACGUCACCACCAUUGAAACCUUCAUCACGUACAGGAUCAUCACUAAGACAUCUCGUGGGGAAUUUGACUCCAGUGAAUUUGAAGUCAGGAGACGUUAUCAGGAUUUCCUUUGGUUGAAGGGAAGACUUGAAGAAGCACAUCCCACUCUGAUUAUCCCACCGCUGCCGGAGAAGUUUAUGGUGAAGGGGAUGGUGGAACGUUUUAACGACGACUUCAUCGAGACGCGCAGGAAGGCGCUGAGUACAUUUUUGAACCGAAUUGCUGAUCAUCCAACUUUAACAUUCAAUGAAGACUUCAAAGUUUUUCUUACUGCACAAGCCGGGGAACUGUCUUCUCACAAGAAGCAGGGGCCGGGGCUGCUCAGCAAGGUGGGCCAGACCGUCCGAGCCGUCGCGCUGUCCCUGAGAGGCGUGAAGAGCCGCCCCGAGGAGUUCGCGGAGAUGAGCGACUUCAUUGAGGCCUUCAGCCAGAAGAUCAGCCUGAUAGACAAGAUUUCUCAGAGAAUCUGCAAGGAAGAGAGGGAAUAUUUUGAUGAAAUGAGAGAAUAUGGCCCCAUCCAUGUUCUGUGGUCGGAGUCAGAGGAAGAUCUGGUCGACACGCUGCGGGGCGUGGCCAGCUGCAUCGACAGGUGCUGUAGGGCCAUGGAGAAGCGUCUGUCCGGCCUGUCGGAGGCCCUGCUCCCUGUCGUGCAUGAGUACGUGCUUUAUGGCGAAAUGUUAAUGGGUGUUAUGAAAAGGAGAGACCAAAUACAGGCGGAGCUGGAGUCCAGACUGGAAGCUGCGGCCCAUAAGAAGGCAGACACUGACCUGCUGACCGCAGAGCUGGGGAGGCUGGAGGACAGGCUGGAGUGCGCCAACACCGCGCUCAAGGCCGACUGGGAGCGCUGGAGACGGAGCAUGCGCAGCGACCUCACGGCCGCCUUCCGGGACGCGGCGGCGCGGAACGUCCAGUACUACGAGCAGUGCCUUGCUACCUGGGAAUCCUUCCUAAUGUCACAGACCGACCUCCACACCAAAGAACCCUCUGAAGACAAACCUUAACCCAUGAAGCCUUCUGCGUGAGCUGCGGGAGAGAGCGUCCAGUAGCCAAAGUUAGUCCUCUGGGUGGGCCGUAUCCUUUUAAAGUGGAUGAAAAAUGUUUCCCACUAUCUGGAAAACCAAUAAGUUGAAACUCAGGUGUUCCAGAUCACUGAUAUAAAUUGGGAGAUAUAUGUAUAGCUUAGUUUUAAUUAUGUUCUUAAAUUUGUAUGCCAAUAAUGAGGUAUAGAGAUUUUUUUUCUUAAAUAUUUG